AUGAAAAUCAUCACCUUUGCCAUUCUUUCACUACUGCCGCUCAUCGGUGCAGCCGUCUCCGGCGACGAAACCCAAGAGACAAGGCUACCAUGGGUUCCUGGUGAUCUUUCAGACCACACCAAAGAUGCCGCUGAGAGCCGGCCACCUACGCUUGGAGGCCACAAUGCCGAAAACAUGCCGCAAUGUACUCGCGAGUUUCCAUUCCUCUGCCUUGGCCGCUGCUGCCGGCGGGCCUGGUGCUGCCGCCAGUCCUGCUGCGGCCCAUUAGCCACGUUUUGCGGCGAUGACGGCAACUGCUAUUACAGAGUGCAUGACCUGUGGGGUUGCUGGAACUCGGUUGAGUUCUGCGGCCAAGUUAUUGGGCACCAUGUUGACGAUGAAGAGAGCCUUUGGGCUGAUACAAACGAUGUACAAUCUGGUCAAAACUUCAACGUUAUGAAGCGACAUUUGUCGCUUGUUCAGCCUGCGAUAAUUCCUAAAGCUUGCCAGGGCGGCGAGAGAUUGAUGCAAAGCACCGGAGUCGUGCAAGCCUCGUCAUAA